AUGGAUACAGUAAACGCUAAUUUGGCAUCAGUGACGGAAAAGUUGGACAGAAUUGGGACAAACGUUGAGGCAAAUAUGGAAUCAGUUCAAAACCAACUUAAGGAACAGGAAAGAGUCAAUCGUCAGCUUAGAGCGGACAUUGUAGAAACAAAGGAACGUUUGAAUGGAAUUACAGAACAACUGGAACAAAUGACACACGAAACAUCGCAAGAAGAGCAGGCUGAAGAAAUGAAGAAAGGAAUCGCAGAGCCUGAUGGAGUGGACAGAGAAACGAAAGUGGUCAUUGCUGGAGGUGCAAACCCAACCAAUUUAAAGUCUGUGGAAAUCUUCAGUCAGUCGAACGGAAUCUGGACACCACUACAGCCAAUGGAAGAUAUUCACAGUGGAGCAUCUUCAGUUGUUUACAACAAUCAGUUAUUUGUCGUGGGAGGUUGGACACAAUCAAUAGAAAAAUUAUCAUUGGGUGCUGUUCAUGUUGACCAGUCCAUACCUUGGGAAAACGUUCCUGCUGAGUUACCUGUAAUGUUGGAGGGACACUGCAGUGUAGUCUAUAAUGGACGGUUGAUAGUGAUUGGAGGUUUGCGCGCGUUAAGCAAUGAUUUCAAGUGUUUGGAUAGUAUUCUUGAGAUUUCCCUUGAGGUUCCACCCAGUACCACAGAGUUAACUACAAUGAAACAGGCCAGACGUUUCCAUGGUGUUGCAACCUUUGGUGACAAGAUCGUAAUUUUCGGAGGGGCAGAAAGCUUGGCCUUGAAAAGAAGUGAGUUAGCCCUCGAUUGUGUUGUUAUGUAUGACAUCAGUAAGAAUGAAUUUAACGAGUUAGCACCUCUGCCUCACCCCGUGAGUGCAAUGGCCAUAGUCAAGUGGGGUGAUGAGAAUGUUAUUAUAAUGGGUGGUGCUGACAGUAACGAUCAACCAUUAAACAAAGUUAUAAUAUACAACAUCAAGACCCAGAAGAGUUACGAGUUACCAGACAUGAAGUAUAAGAGGAAAGGAUGUGUGGCUGCAGUUGUCAAAGACACUGUGAUUGUCAUGGGAGGCCAAAAUGAAAGAGGAAAUUACUUAAAGUCAGUAGAAAGCUUUAAAUUCGACCGCUUUACCUGGGAAGACCUUCCCGAAAUGAAUGAAGCCAGAAGCCAUGCCACUGCAGUUGCAU